UAUUGUUGUGUGAGUAUCGUCCACCGGAAUUCAUUAUUUGUCACGCCUUUAAAAUUUUUCUGAGCAGGUGGAACUUUCCUCGCCUCACGCUUGAAAACAAAUUUCGCCGUCAGAUCUCUGAAUCAAAUUGGAUUGAAUAGAAUGAAGCAGUAACUGUAGGGAGAUUUGUUUUGGUUCGUUUCAGUUAAAAAUAAUUAUGGCGUGGUAGGGUUUCGUAAAUCUUCCCUCCAAACUCUGGCCAUUUUUUCUCAUCGGCAUCGUUGACGGAAUCUUGAGGGGGUAUGUUUGAAGUAAGUACAGGGUUUGAUAAAGUGGGUAUUGGAUUGGAGACUUUGUUAGAUGCUCUGAUGUGAAACGGGUAGGAUUCUAUGUCAUUUCAUUGGCCAAAUUUGCUGAUUUAGAAAUGAGGAACCUUGUUCAGUCAUCCAGGAGGGUUCUGGCACAACAUUACUUAAGGAGAUGGGAUUCAGUUAAUAGGUCUCUCAGCACACAGUCUGCAAGUACCUCUACUACACCACAACCACCUCCACCACCUCCACCCCCUGAGAGAACACAUUUUGGAGGACUUAAAGAUGAGGAUCGCAUUUUUACAAAUCUAUAUGGUUUGCAUGAUCCACUUUUGAAAGGAGCCAUGAAACGCGGGGAUUGGUACAGGACUAAGGAUCUUGUGCAGAAGGGUUCUGAUUGGAUUGUGAAUGAGAUGAAGAAAUCAGGUCUGCGUGGACGAGGAGGUGCAGGAUUUCCUUCAGGUCUGAAAUGGUCAUUCAUGCCAAAAGUUUCUGAUGGGCGUCCUUCCUAUCUUGUUGUAAAUGCUGAUGAGAGUGAACCGGGCACCUGCAAAGAUAGAGAGAUUAUGAGACAUGAUCCCCACAAGCUUCUUGAGGGUUGCCUAAUAGCAGGUGUUGGCAUGCGUGCUAGUGCUGCAUACAUUUACAUCAGAGGUGAAUAUGUGAAUGAGAGGAAAGCCCUCGAGAGUGCCCUAAAGGAGGCAUAUGCAGCUGGGUAUUUAGGCAAAAAUGCUUGCAACUCGGGUUAUGAUUUUGAUGUUCAUAUUCACUUUGGAGCUGGUGCUUACAUUUGUGGAGAAGAGACAGCAUUACUAGAGAGCUUGGAGGGUAAACAAGGCAAGCCUCGAUUGAAGCCUCCCUUUCCUGCAAAUUCAGGUCUGUAUGGCUGUCCAACAACUGUUACCAAUGUGGAGACAGUUGCUGUUUCUCCAACCAUACUCCGCAGGGGUCCUGAGUGGUUUGCUAGCUUUGGUCGUAAGAACAAUGCAGGGACAAAGCUUUUCUGUAUUUCAGGACAUGUCAACAAACCUUGCACUGUUGAAGAGGAGAUGAGCAUCUCCCUAAAGGAACUGAUUGAGAGACAUGCAGGGGGUGUAAGAGGUGGGUGGGAUAAUUUGCUUGCAAUUAUUCCUGGAGGUUCUUCUGUUCCUCUUCUUCCCAAGAAUAUCUGUGAUGAUGUCUUGAUGGAUUUUGAUGCAUUGAAGGCUGUGCAGUCAGGGCUUGGAACAGCUGCUGUUAUUGUCAUGGAUAAGUCAACUGAUGUAGUGAAUGCAAUAGCUCGCCUUUCAUAUUUCUACAAACACGAGAGUUGUGGUCAGUGUACCCCAUGCAGGGAGGGAACAGGAUGGCUCUGGAUGAUCAUGGAGAGAAUGAAGGUUGGGAAUGCUAAACUUGAAGAGAUAGACAUGCUCCAAGAAGUGACAAAGCAGAUUGAAGGUCAUACAAUUUGUGCUUUAGGUGAUGCUGCUGCUUGGCCUGUUCAAGGUCUUAUUCGUCAUUUCAGGCCUGAGCUGGAAAGAAGAAUUCAUGAGCGUGCAAGACAGGAACUCAUGGAAGCUGUUGCGUAGACAUGGUUCUUCUAAUCUUGCAAGUUGGAAUAUGUUUUAUUGACAUUUUAUGUUUCUCGAUUUAUGAAUUUCAUAUUUUUCCCAUUAGCUAAGGAGACAAAUAUCAGAGCUUCCUAAAAUAAAUUGAAAAAAACAUGAAGUACUUGUUGAUGGAGAUCAUUAGAGAUCUCAGCAUAUAACUUCAAACUCGAGACCCUUGUGUUUGAAAUGGUGAAUGCAGCAACCAUGUGCAGCAUUAACUUUGUUUUUUGUUGAUUCUGCUAAUUAUUUUAUGUGCACUGACACAACCACUUGCCAUUUUCA